AUGGCAAAAGGCCGCGCGACCUCUUCCGAGCCCGCCGCGGGCGCAGACAUCAACAAGAUCGACGCCCGCCCUCACCUCGACGGCGCAAGCAGUGGUGGUGGUGGUGGGGUGUCGACGCUGUCGGCGCUUGCGCAGGCGACGGUGCCGGCGUGGGUGCAGACGGCGGUCAUGGUCGGUCUGAUCUUUGGGGGGUGCUGCUCAAACGAUGAAGAAAAUGCAGAAGUAGAAGAAGAAGAAGCUAAACCCACUGCCACCCCGGCGCAACAGGUAUUCGCCCUCGAAGCCAUCAUCAAAACCGAACCGCAAAGCGGGCACCUCCUCACCUUCGCGCAGUUCCUCUUCGUGGCGCUCGAGGGGCUGCACCACCACUUCGACCGGCGCUCGCCCACGCUGCUCAAGAAGAACGCCGUGCCGCUGUACCGCUGGGCCGUGCAGAUCCUGCUGUACUUCAGCGUGUCGGUGCUCAACAACUAUGCGUUCGGCUUCCGCAUCUCGGUGCCCGUGCACAUCAUCCUGCGCAGCGGCGGGAGCAUGACCACGCUGGUGGUGGGGUGGGUGUUUGGCAAGCGCUACACCCGCCUGCAACUCCUCUCUGUCCUAAUCCUCACGCUCGGCAUCGCCCUCUGCGCCUACAGCGACAACCCCCCUCCCUCCCGCAGCACCUCCCCCACCGCCACCGCCACCUCCACACCCACCUACAUCACCGGCCUCCUCAUCCUCCUCCUCGCGCAGGUGCUCUCCGCAUUCAUGGGCCUCUACAUCGAGCGCACCUACCACACCUUCGGGCACCACCCGCGCGAAGGCCUCUUCUACAGCCACUUCCUCUCCCUCCCGCUCUUCCUGCCGCUGCUCCCCUCCAUCCGGUCGCAAUGGGAGCGCCUCGAGGGCCUGCGCUGGUAUCUACUCGCCAAUGCGGCAACGCACUAUGUUUGUUCGAGAGGCGUGAAUUUGUUGGCUGCACGCUCGAGCGCGCUGACGGUCACGGUGGUGCUGAAUGUGCGCAAGCUGGUGAGCCUGGUGGUCAGUGUGUGGGUGUUUGGGAAUGUGUUGGGGUGGGGUGUUGGCGUGGGGGCGGGGGUCGUGUUUUUGGGCGGGGGCUUGUAUGCGUUGGAGGGGCAGAGGGUGAAGAGGGAGAAGGCGGCGGCCGCGGCGGCGGGGGGCGGGAAGAAGAAGGAUUGA